CCCUGGGCAGGGACCAGCAUCCCAGAGCACCAGGGUAGCAGCAUCCCUGGGCAGGGACCAGCAUCCCGGAGCACCAGGGUAGCAGCAUCCCUGGGCAGGGAUCAGCAUCCUGGAGCACCGGGGCAGCGGCACCCCGAGGUGUUACAGGAACUGGCGUCCCGGAGCACCAGGGCACUGGCAGCCCAGGGUGCUACAGAGACCGGCAACCCGGGGCACAGCAGGGACUGGGGCAGCACCAUCCAGGGGCAUUGCAGGGACUGGCAUUCCCAGGUGCUGGGGCAGUGGCAGGGCAGGGAUCGGCAUCCUGGGGUGCAGCAGGUACCCACGGCAGCAGCAGCCCAGGGUGAGCAGGGACCCGGAGCAGUGGCGUGCUGGGAUGAGCAGCAAAUGGGCCAGCAGCAGCCCGGGAUGAGCAGGGAGCAGGGAUGCUCCUGCUGGCCUCUCUAUAGGCAGGUGUAGGGAUCCCCUCUCUGCCCGUCUUCCCCCAAUGGGGGCCGCCCCCCCUCCCCCCCCAGGGAGGGCCCGAGGGCAGAGCAGGGGCUGGGGGGUCCCCUCCGGAGAGCUGUGCACCCACUGCAGGGACCUGGGAGCAGGAGGCUGGCACAGGGCAGGACAUCAUUUGCUGCAUUUGCUGGGCUGCCUGCUUGGCACAGACACCCGAGCAGCUGGCAGCACCCCCAGCCUGCACCCCGAAGGGAGCAAGGGGCAUCCGCAGCCCCGGGCACUGGUGGGCAUCUUUGUGUACGGCAGCAGCAAUGCUCUGGCUGCAGAGAGCAGCCAGCAGCAGAAAGACUGCUUCCAAGCUCCCCACCAGGCAAAUCCCCCCCAUCCCCAAAGGAAGGACUUGGUCCUGAGCGUCCUCUAGUCAAUAAGCACUUAGGCUCAGGGAUGCACAGCAAUAGGGAUGUGACUCUGCAGUGGCACUUUUGUAUGACAGCAAAGGAAGCAUCUCCCCAGUCCCGCUCCAGCUGCCCCAGCACAUGGCCGAGGGGGAUGCCAUCCCCUGCAUGAGCUGGGACAUCAGCCAGCCCCACUCCCCCUGCCUGGCACCCAGUGGGGGACCCUCAUCCCCACUGCAGCCCCGUGGGUACCCUAGGCAGGACUUUCUCCAGCAGUUUGCAACCACCACCCGUGCACGCCUGCAACGUGCCGGGCCACAAGCCCAGUGCACCAGGGGGCUACAGGCAGAGGAGGAAGGGUUUCCUCCUUCCCUCCCCAUUUCUAAAGGCUCCUUUGAGAGAAGUCGCACGACUCCCAGCUGGGAAGCCUCGCUGAGCUGUGGAACCAGCACCCGCUCUGCUGAUCAUGGUCAACAAGACCUUAAAUUACUGGGGUCCCAACUUUGAGGAGGACGUUAUCAACAUCAAUGUAGGGGGUCUGAGAAGAAGGCUCAGCUCUAGCGCCCUCUCUAAGUUCCCUGACACCCGCCUGGGGCGCUUGCUCUCCUGUGACUCGGAGGAGUCCAUCCUGCAGCUCUGCGAUGACUACGACGUGAGCGCCAGGGAGUUCUAUUUCGACCGAAACCCAGGCUUCUUCCUUUACGUGCUUCACUUCUACCAGACAGGGAAGCUGCACGUCAUGGAGGAGUUGUGUGUCUUCUCCUUCUGCCAGGAGAUCGAGUACUGGGGCAUCAACGAGUUCUUCCUGGAUUCCUGUUGCAGCUACCGCUACCACGAGCGCAAGCUGGAAAGCCGGCACCACAACUGGGAUGAGGAGAGCGAGGUCAGCAGUGUGGACACAUCCCCUGAUGAGAUAUCCGAUAUCAACCACGACCUGCUGCGCUACAGCACGCUGCGCUGUGGCAACGUGCGCAAACGCCUCUGGCUCACCAUGGAGAACCCUGGCUACUCCAUCCCCAGCAAACUCUUCAGCUUUGUGUCCAUCAGCGUGGUGCUGGUUUCCAUAGCGACCAUGUGCAUCCACAGCAUGCCUGAGUACCAGGAGGUGGACGAGAAUGGCAACGUGCUAGAUGAACCCGUCCUGCACAAACUGGAGUACUUCUGCAUCUCCUGGUUCACUUUCGAAGUGUCUUCCCGCCUCCUGCUCUCACCCAACCCCAGGAAAUUCUUCAAGCACCCGCUGAACCUGAUUGACAUUGUCUCUGUGCUGCCGUUCUACUUCACCCUCUUGGUGGACGUGACCAUGGGUAGUGACUCGGAGCUGGGCAACCUGGGCAAGGUUGUGCAGGUGUUUCGGCUCAUGCGGAUAUUCCGGGUGCUGAAGCUUGCUCGGCACUCCACUGGACUGAGGUCACUGGGGGCCACCUUGAAGCACAGCUACAGGGAAGUGGGGAUCCUGCUGCUCUACUUGGCUGUGGGGGUGUCUGUCUUCUCUGGCGUGGCCUACACCGCAGAGAAGGAGGAAGACGUCGGCUUCGACACCAUCCCAGCCUGCUGGUGGUGGGGGACAGUCAGCAUGACGACCGUAGGAUACGGUGAUGUGGUGCCCGUCACUGUGGCUGGCAAGCUGGCAGCCUCGGGCUGCAUUUUGGGUGGGAUCCUGGUCGUGGCGUUGCCCAUCACCAUCAUCUUCAACAAGUUUUCCCAUUUCUACCGCAAGCAGAAAGCCCUGGAGGCUGCCGUGAGGAAUAGUGAGAAGAAAGACGCCGAGGACCUGGAGAACUCCUCCAGCCUGAAUCAAGACUCAGAGGCCCUGAGCGAAACCUCCCUGGGCAGAGGCAGCCCAGAUCGCCGCGGUCUGACGAUGGGCACCCUCCCCACUCCUUGAACCCUCGAGCUGGAGCUGACAGCAGCACCGUGGCACCAGGAGGUGCAGAGGACUCAAUUCACGUGGUACAACCCUUCUUUCAUAACCAGCUUGCUCACUGUGAGUGCAGCGAGAGCUGAAGCCCCGGCAGCGCUCACACACGACACUGCUGUUGCACCAGGACAAUGCCGAGAAGCCAUCAGCCAACACAAGAGUGGCCCUGGGGUGGCCAGGUUCUCCAGGUAGCUGUCUUGCCUCCUUAGCCCACUGCACUGUAUCUGGCUUAGUCAUGCAAAGCACGGAAGGGUCAGAGAUGUCCACUGGGUGUUGGCUGUUUCUGACACCAAGAGAGGCGGGAGGCAGCAGCUGUGUCUCCCUGGACAUCUCUCUGGCUUUUCCCAAUGAGGGCCAUGCUGACCACGCUCCCCCAGGACCUGCAAACUGUGGCUGAGGCGCAAGACAUACCAACCAGCCAGGAGACAGAAAAGGAGUGACUGAGAAAAAGGAAAAAUAGGAGCAGGGAGUCUUUGGACACGGCCCCAGUGCCUCCAAAUCAGGCACUACUCUGGCUGAGUGAAGGAUGAUUUUCCUGUACCUUGAAGUUUUGUAUCAUCUAGGGUAAGGUUAAAAAAACUCCCCCCACUUAAGGGAGCCCUCAGUCCCCCUCAAAAGCACGUAGUCCAUGCAGCAGCCUGCUGGCAAUGGAGGUUUCCAAAGCAGUGAGGGUGAGCAAGUCCCUCGAACCAGGGAGCUGGUGCUCUUGCAGAUCUUGAGCCAGGCGGGUAUAAACUCUAGCCCCAACCUCUUCCUGCCUGUGAGCCCUCAGCUGGCAAAGGCCUCAGAUGGUUUAGCUCCCCAGCAGGCAACGGGAAAAAGGGGAAAGUAGAAAAUGAGGUUGUAAGGGACGAGAUGUGGUGUCCAGCUAGGGCAAGUCCUACUUUCCCCAGCCCCUGCGGCAAGACCGACUAGACCUGACCUUGCUUAGUCAGUGUAUUGAGCCCAUCCUUUGUAACACUGGCACAGGAUCCGCCACCCCAUCCUCAGCCCACCUGUCCCUGGCGUCAUCCUCCCGUCUCUCCCCUGGUGGGUGCCAGCCAGCAGGAUCAGGCCUGGCUAUCGUGGUCAGCACGGGCCAGCAGUUGUUUGCUCCUCUGCCGCAGGAGCCUUUAUCAAAAGAGGUGGGUUUUAACUGCUCCCUUCCCAUCCUCCUUCCCCACCUCCUGCAGCAGGGCGCUGGGGACAGCACGGAGCAGCCAGGGCUGCUAGCCUGGGCUCCCAGCACUGUCACCGCAGGGAGCACCCAGGGAUCUGCGUGUGGAGGCUGUGCCGAGCCUCUCAAGUUGCAGGACACGCGGGUGUCUGGGUGGAGGGCAGGGAGCCCCGAUCCCAUCCAUCCCCCUCCUGAGACAGGUACCCUGUCCUGGCCCCGGGCCCCCGCAUGGGAUGCCCACGCCAGCAGCGUGCUCAUGGGUUGGCAGGUCACCGCAUGCCAGGGCGUGCGGCACAGCCAGGGAACAGGACCCUGUUGUUGCAAACAGGCCACCAACCUCUCCCAGCGAUGACCAGGCAAAAGGGCUGCUGUCCUUCGAGGCAGGAGCAGCCGAAGGGGAUCAAAGCUGGAGACCGGAGGGCAGGGAAGCAGGGCCCAGCCAGCCCUGGGGG